GGUGCGUCAGUCAGUCGUCUGCGUGACUGUCGUUGCGUUUGGUCGUGUGCGUCCACCUUGUAUCAACCGCUUUGACACGUGUGGUCGCGGCGCGCGAGUGUAAAUAAAUCGUGUGCGGAUUUGAUAGUUUUUCGAAUAAUUGUUAAUCGUAAACGCAUUUAACUUCCAUUGUGUAGUCGUCGUAUUCCGAUCGAAUUUCUCUAAACAACCCCCCCCCCCCGUUCGCCGAGAUGAACCCGUCGUCAUCUCGGGUGCCCACCGCGGAUGGCCGCUAUCAAUCUCUGUGCUGAGUUCCCGUUCGUUCGACGCAUUGUUAUCGCACCAUUCACGUAUCUAUCGUACUUACGAGUGGCUGCGGUUGCUGUCGUAGUGCGCUUAGCGUUGGUGUCGGGCGCGCGACAUACGCAGUGCUAUGAUGUUGUACGUCUUGCCGCCACCGGCAGCCGCCGGACCGCCGUCCCCUUGGUCAACGAUCCUGUGCGACGACGAACGACCGUCAUCGGUACGCGGCGGUGACGGUGGCCAGCAAGAUCCGGCGGUGGCCAACGGUGGCCGGUUGACGUACAGACGGAACGCCAGCAACAACAGGCGGGUCAAAGCGUGGCUGAACGCCGUCCAAAAGAAUAACCGUCCGCUGCCCAGGAAACCUUCGGUAGACGCCGCGGGACCCGAGGUACGUUCGACAUUUCGGAAGGAUUCGGGAGCUGGUAGUUCGUUGGACGAAGAUGAACCGAUUAAAACCAAUCGCAGGCUUAGCGAGUGUUAUUUCGCCAACAAGGGUUCGGCGGCGGUGCUAUGUUCGCUCACGUCACACCAGCAACAGCAACCACAGCAACAGUCGCGCCGUAAAAGACACCACCAUCAAUCGCAGCACUCGCACAGACAUCAUUCGCAAUCCGCCCCGUCGUCCAGUCGUCUGUCCGCGGGCGAAGACGAGAUGCAGACCCGUGCCAAUGACAUACAGGCACAUUUGCAGUCCAUGUUCCACAUACUCAGGCCCGACGACAGUCUGAACAUGGCAGUAAAGCUGGAAAGCGUACAUUCUGGCCGUACCAGAUAUUUAGUUGUAGUUUCUUGUAUAAAUGGAAAUCGUCAAGAGGAAUCCUGUCUUUUGGGUCUUGACUGUAACCAGAGUACUACUAUUGGAUUGGUGCUUAGACUUCUGGCAGAUACUACAAUCACGCUGGACGGAGAUGGAGGAUUCAGCGUUAGCGUAUGCAGCCGUCAACAUAUUUUUAAACCCGUCUCGGUACAAGCCAUGUGGUCGGCUCUCCAAUCUUUACACCGGGUGAGCGCUCAAGCUCGCGAACAUAACUUUUUCGAAGGCGGCCUUACCCAUGAUUGGAUAACGCAUUACGAAAAACAAAUCUCCUCCGACCAGUCAUGUUUGAACGAAUGGAAUGCUAUGGAUUCAAUAGAAUCGCGUCGUCCACCAUCACCGGAUUCACUGAGAACAAAACCCAGCGAACGCGAAGAAACUGAACGUGUGAUACGUAGUGCCCUAAAAGAAAUCAUGAUGAGCGUAGACUUGGACGAAGUGACGUCCAAGUUUAUCAGAGGCCGUUUGGAAGAAACGCUAGACAUGGACCUGGGCGAAUACAAACCGUUCAUCGAUCAAGAGAUGCUUACCGUGUUGGGCCAGAUGGACGCGGCUACGCAAAUAUUCCCUCACGUUUACCUUGGUUCCGAGUGGAAUGCCUCGAACCUCGACGAACUCAACCGAAACGGUGUACGACACAUACUGAAUGUGACGAGGGAAAUCGACAAUUUCUUCCCUGGCUCGUUCAAAUAUCUCAACGUUAGGGUGUACGAUGAUGAUAAGACUGAUUUAUUAAAACACUGGGACAACACAUAUAAAUAUAUCACAAAAGCCGAACAAGAAGGCUCUAAAGUCUUGGUACAUUGUAAAAUGGGCGUCAGUCGAUCUGCAAGCGUCGUUAUUGCGUACGCUAUGAAGGCUUACAACUGGUCUUUUAAAAAAGCAUUUGAUCACGUACGGUCUAAACGCACCUGUAUUAAGCCCAACAAGCAUUUUAUCCUACAGUUAGAGACUUAUCAAGGAAUAUUGGCCGCAAUGAAAAAUCGCGAGAAAUUACAGCGUUCCAAAUCCGAAACAAACUUGGUGGCAACGUCGGGCCUUAUCACACCUCCUAAUUCACCUAAAAAACCUUUGGACACUCCGAGGUCCCAAAGCGAAGGUGACAAAGACGUCACACCACCGGAUCGGUUAGACAAAGAAAACGAACCCGUCGUACCUAGUCCACCGACACGGUUGAUGCCGCCAAAGUUAUUAGACGUCAGUGGAUACGAUUUGAUGAAAUGCGGAGGACGACCAAAGUCGUGGUCACCAGAAAAUAAUUUUGCCACCGAUAUUUUAACCAAUUCUACGUUAUUGUCGCAAUCGUUGGAGAAAAUUAACACGGAUAAAAUCGCUGUUGAAGUGGAAGUGGAAGUGGAAGUUCCGAAUAUUCCGCCGGCACCACCACUGCCUACAUUCGAAGCCCAUAAAUACAACGUCAGCGUGUUCAUGCCAUGCGGAAACGGGCUAAGAUCAUACAGCGUAUCACAAAACAAAAUCGUUCAAUUACAACCAGCUACACCGCCACCUCCAAGACCGUCGUCGGUUAAACUACGAGUCAACGAAUUGGAGUCCAGCAGCAUCAGCGGCAGCAGCAGUGUAACUAGCAGCAGCACCGUUGGUUGCACGUCUAGUCCUGACCGCAAAUCGACGGCGGACCCGAGCCGAAAUUUGGUGCUAAAUCUCACUACCCAGUUCGAGGGCGUGGUGACUACUUCAAGCCCGGCUAAUUCCCCUUCCGACGACAACGUUCUAGUCAAACCUUUGCCUACGGCCGAAUCACCGAAGUUCAGCCGAGUGGCCGUCAACAAACCUCCAUCAAUCGCCGUUUGCGCCCCGCAGAAACGGGACGGCGGCGAUCUGUUCUCGUCCCGGCUGGACAGAGUGUUCGAACGUGAGGAGCGCAAACAAUGUCGCGAACCCGCGGUCGACCAUCAAACGACAGCCGUAAGCGGCGGUAAUGUGUCCCGACAAAACUCGUGGAGCUCGUUCGACAGCGCUGUCGUGCUGCGCGACGUAAUAUCCAGACACAGUUCGUGGGGCUCCUGUGACACGCGCACGUUGCCUUCCAGGAACAGUUCGUGGGGUUCGUACGACAUCCGGCCGACCAUGCAGUAUGUCAGCGAACGCGGCGAGAAGCCUGCAGCAAUCUCCACUGCAGCCUCCAUCACCAAAGCAGCCAUGGACGAAUCGUGUUACCGGCCGGCCAAAAGGCCGAAGCAGAAGGACCAGCAAAAGUUACUGCUGCCCAACUGCUACUCGAGUUCGCCGAUGCUGGGCCUGCAGGGUGCUUCGCACAAACUAGCCAACCGGGUGACCGCGUCUCAGCCGAACAUAUCCGGUCUUGGCAACACCGCCGCCACCAACACCGUCGCCGCCGCAUGCAAUAACAAGCACAGCAGUCUAGUGAGGAGUCUGAAAGAGGAGUUCGAGGCUAAGGCAGGCGACGCGGUCGAAAAACUGUCUAGGAAGAACAGCGGCGGUGGAGGCGGUAGCAGUUCGGCCGGUGACGACGGUGUCGGCAACGAACACGUCAAGAGCCUACCCACGUCGCCGGUCAGCGAACACCCAAAGGUUACGCAACGGCCCAGCCCAGCCGCCUCCAUGGAAGACAUAUCGGUCAGGAAACUUGUGGGCAAAUACGAAAACGGCAGGGCCCGGUCCAAGACGUUCGUGCAGGACAGCGGUUGUCCGCGCAAUCCACACCACCAACAGCAACCGCCCGUCCCAACCAGGGUGUCCAGCCUGGAUGUGACCGCAAUUGGGCCCCGUAAGUUCGAGUGCAAUCCCGUCGUUAAGACGGUUGUAUUGCCUAUACAGCAGAGCGAUAUCCGCGCGUCCGUCAACCGGGCGGCCAACAACAAACUACAACAGGGCAAAUCGCAUCCGCUGACUAUAUUGCCGUUCAAACAGGUGAAGGUAAACAGUUCCGUUUACAACAGCAUGUGAACAGCUGGCGCGAAUCGCCGAAAACUGUAAAAUGCAAAACGCGUUCAUCGUAAUUUUAUUAUUAUUAUUAUUAUAACGUACUAUUUACGUGUUGACUCUUAAUGAUAUGUUUUGUUUUUUUUUUUUUUUUUUGUACCUUUGAACUCUGUUACGUUAUAUCUAUUUUUACUUUGACAACUCAUUUGUGUAACGUUUUUUUCCAUUUUUUUCCGAUCCGUUUACUCCCAGUAUAAAAAUAUAUAAUAGUAAAUACUUCUUGUCACCCCCUCCCCCCACCAGACUUUUGUUUUUUGUUUUCUAGUCUAACGCGCAAAACCACCGUAUCAACUAUCAACUGUGUAAAUAAUAUAUAUUAUAUUAUUCUACUAUUUUAAUACGAGAAUUUAUCCAAGCCUACCAUUGUUUACAAGAAUCUCUACGUCGCUUUACUCUAAGACACGCUAUUCGAAGCUAAAACAAUAAUGAAAAUUAUAUAUUUUACCUAUUAUAACUUUAGCACAAGAAUUGAGUAAAAUAAAAUUGUUU